AUGGCCUCUUCCAUUGAUAUUUCCACUGAUUAUCAAUGGACAAAAGCAACUUAUACUGGAGUGGUUGGAAAAUCAACUGAUAGUUUACACGAUUAUGGCCUUCUAGUAUUCCCACAGGAUUGUCAUGAUACUGCUGCUGUAAAAGGAAGUAGUCCUUGUAUUCACCCUCUUGGGUCUAAAGAAGGUGAAACAACUAUUUACUUCACUACCAAGGAAAUUGAUGCUUUAAGGGAAGAGGUUAAGUUCACCUUAGUAGGCAAGUUUCAGCUAGGACAUCCUAAAAUGGAGCAAGUUAGAAGUUUCUUUGAAUCACUGAAGUUUAUAGUUAUGAAGAUCAUCAAAUGGACUCCAGGGUUUGAUCCUAGUAAUGAACCUCCUGUGGUCCCCCUCUGGUUCAAAUUACCUAGCCUUCCACUCCCCUACAUCAAGCUUAAUGCUCUAUUUAACAUUGGUAGAGCAUUAGGCACACCUCUAAGAGUGGAUGCUCCCACUUAUAAUAAGGCCAGACCUGGCCUUGCUAGAAUUCAAGUGGAAAGAGAUAUCACACUCCCUGAACUGAAGAGAAUUUGGAUUGGUUCUGAUGCUGAAGGGUUCGGGCAGGAUAUAAUUGCUAAACAGAAACCUCCUUACUAUUGUCCCUUACUAUUGUCCACAUUGCAAGAUGUUUGGUCAUAA